CUGUGCUGUUGACGUCGUCAAUCCAUCACUUAUGGCCGGCCAACGUCGCUCUCCGCCUCGUCAGUCACUGGCACCCUCUUGCAACCAAUGACGUGCAUGGCCCGCGCGACCGACGAUGUGCGCAUCGCGCGCAUCCGCCAGCCGCGCGCGCGCAUCAUAACGACUCCCUCCCCGCACGACGCGACCGGUUUGCCCCGCGACGUCCACAAGCCAACAUCUGAUGAUUUGUCAAGAUGCCGCUUGCGCUGCCUGAUGGGCAUGCAGAUGAGGACUGGAUACUGAGGAGGAGCAGAACGAAGGGCGUGAUGAGGGCUUCAAGGCCAAGAAUGCUUGAAGUCAUGAACCUGUCCGUCCGCCUACCUUCUUGCUUUCCCAUAUGCUCACCUCCUUGCCCAUGUACCUGCUUGCCGAUGCUCCCGCCCGCCCGGGCACCUACUCGCCCGCCCACUUGCCCACACUCCCGGAUGAUCAGCUCAACCUGCUGUCCGACAUCCGUUCGACCCGCCGCGACCCGCCGUACCCCGCGAUUGACCCGUACCCGUUCACCACCAGCGCGAUCGUGACAACUAUCAUCGCUCCGACGCCUCUAGUAGCAGCGAACUUUGUCAUCCUGGGCGAGCUCAUCCGCCGUUUAGGUCCAAGUUAUAGCCGGUUAAGCCCUGUAUGGUAUACCGCUGUCUUCGUGUGCUGCGACAUUGUUUCGCUGGUUGUGCAAGCCGUCGGCGGAGGCAUGGCUGCGACUGCUGUCAACCAAUACGAGAGCCCUGCUAUGGGUGGGCACAUCAUGCUCGCCGGGAUUGCCUUCCAGAUGGCUUCGAUUACAGUGUACAUGCUCCUCGCCUCCGAGUUUGCGCUCCGCUUUCUAUACGACAAGCCCGUCAGGGAUGUCGUGCACGCCUCAGGCCGGCAUCACUUCAACCGCAACGCAAAGCUGAUGCUCCUCGGCCUGACCUUCAGCAGUCUCUGCAUAUUCAUUCGUUCCGUCUACCGUACAAUCGAACUCGCUGGGGGAUGGGAUGGCUACAUCAUCUCGACCCAACGCUACCUCAACUGGCUCGACGGCGGAAUGAUCACGCUCGCGAUGUUCUGCCUCAACCUCUUCCACCCCGGCUACCUCCUGGGGAAGCGCGACACCUGGAAGGCAUCCCGAGUCGAUUCUGAGAAGCUCACCAGCGAACCAGCUACGCCGGUGAAGACGGUGCUAUAGGCCUUCGCUCGCCCGCACAUAGCCUGAUGAAACCAAACAGAAGCAUCGUAAUCUGACAGAUGUAUCGUUUGAGCCCAUGCUGUAGUCUUAUUGUAUUACCGUCUAUUGUUUCCUUAGCCGCAAAUCGAAUGUUGAAUUUCUUUUGG